AUGAGAAACCGGAAUAUUAGACGAGAUGCCGAAAUAUGUGCCGACAAUCAGCUGUCCGUAUCGGAAGCCAAAGGUAGACCAUCGCUCACAGAAAUAUUCUAUGCAGCAGUACCAGAACAUCUUCUAUUACAUUACGCAGUCAAAAAUGGAUUAAAAUUGGAUCCGAAUUUUAUUGAUUCAAUCAAAGUGACUAUAAGAAAAGAAUUAUCUGCACGUCAUGUACCAAGUCUUAUCCUUGCUGUACCUGAUAUUCCUUAUACAGUAAAUGGUAAAAAAGUUGAAAUACCGGUUCGUCGAAUACUGGAAGGUCAAAAAGUAUGUGCAACUGGUUCAUUGAUGAAUCCAGAUUGUUUAGAAUAUUUUCGACAUAUACCAGAAUUAUCGCAAUGGUGA